AUGGGUGGAAAUAAUAUCCAUGCGGAGGGAGUUAAUGCUAUAGCUCAAGCGUUGAAAGAUAAUGCGAUUAUAACGACGUUAGAGCUUGGUUACAAUCCCAUAGGCCCCGACGGAGCUAAAGCACUAUCCGAAAUUCUCAAGUUCCAUGGAAAUGUUAAAACGCUCAAACUUGGUUGGUGCCAGAUAACUGCUAAGGGUGCUGAAUACGUUGCAGACAUGUUGAGAUAUAACAACACGAUCUCGGUCUUGGACUUGGGGGCAAAUGGAAUUAGAGACGAGGUUACUUCAGACAGAUUCUAUCAGUCAGUAUUCACUCUAAAGGCCAAUGAAGAUGUCACGGUUACAUCGAUAAACCUCGGGAACAACUUCCUCACCAAAUUUGGGCAGAGUGCUCUCACGGAUGCUAGAGAUCAUGUCCURGAGAUGACUGAAAAGGAAGUAGAAAUAUUCUUCUAG